CUCGACCUUGGACGAUCCUUGCCGAUCCAACCUGGUUACCCUUCCGACGUUCCCGACCGGCUCUUGCCCGCCGAUUUAGCCAUCCAGUCUCCGUCACUUUCCCCUUCACCAGCAUCCAACUACCUCCCUUUAAAGCCCUGAACAAAACCCCUCUCUCUCUCUGCCUCUUUCUGUGAUAAUCUCACUCGCAUCCCCUUGUCUCGCCACGCCUCCUGAUCUCUCGCCGGGUGCUGGGGGAGAAUGGAGUUGGUGACGGUGGAGACGAGCGACGGCGUGAAGCUCCGGGCGCGGUUCUUCAAGCCCGCGGCGGAUCUGGCGAGGAACGUGGCCAUCGUGCUGGUCCACCCCUACACCGUCCUCGGGGGCUUCCAGGGCCUCCUCCGAGGCAUCGCCGCAGGCCUCGCCGAGAAAGGCUACCCGGCGGUGACCUUCGACAUGCGCGGCGCUGGCAGCUCCUCCGGCCGCCCCUCCCUCACUGGCUUCGCCGAGAUCCAGGACAUCAUCGCCGUCUGCAACUGGGUUUCUCGUACCUUAUCCCCCGACGGGAUCGUCUUGGUCGGCUCUUCCGCCGGAGCACCAAUUGCAGGCUCAGCAGUUGAUAAAAUAGACCAGGUCGUGGGUUAUGUGAGCCUGGGUUAUCCUUUCGGCUUGAUAGCUUCAAUCCUUUUCGGCAGGCAUCAUGAAGCCAUCCUACGGUCCGAGAAACCUAAGUUCUUCAUCAUGGGCACCAAGGAUGGAUUCACAAGUGUAAAGCAGUUGCAGAAUAAGCUGAAAUCUGCAGCUGGCCGAGUCGAAACCUAUCUAAUUGAAGGAGUAGGCCAUUUCCAGAUGGAGGGUCCAGCCUAUGAUGCUCAGAUGGUCGAUCUCAUCACCACAUUUGUUCAAUCCCUGCAGGUAAAAUAGAUCGCAUGCAAGCAUCGGAUGACUUGGAGCUGUAGGGAAGUAACCUCAUCCUGGUGUACAAGGGCAUAAUUUUCCAACAUAUGGAGUGCUCUAUGUAAAAGUAGAUCACAAGCAAGCAUACGUUAUUGUUGGUGGUGUCGUCGCAAGCAGUCAUGUAAAGUGAAAUUUAUUUAAUGUGCAACUUAAAAUCUUACGUACUGCAUGCUUGAAACAGCUAGUGAGCAUUCUCAAAGUUUCGUAUCAA